AUGUACCAGGACGACCGAAGCUCUCCAACUUUAGUUACGACAGCACAAACUGAUGCCCCGGACACAUGGGAUUCUGACUUUCUUCAAAGUCGAGUACCCUACGGAAGCUCUCAAAAACAUCCCAAAAGCAGCUUCGACGUCAUCGACAGCGAUAGCGAUAGUGAAAAUGUCAUUGACAGCACCAGCGGCAACGACGACGAUGUUGAUAUGCAUGACACCCAGGCCGACAAGGGCAAGGUCUUACUGAUUGGACGAGACGGCAGCGAGUUCCAUUGUACCCGCUCCGACAUUGAGAAGCGAUCGACGGUUCUGCUCGACAUGAUCACUUGGGAACGCAAACAGGCCCGCAUUCGCCUGCAGCUUCCUAAGGACGAGGUCUCACUGCUCGCCGACACCAUGAGCAGUUCGGACUUGCUCCAGAUUGGCCAUUGGCAAUGCCGUUCGCUCGAAUACCUUGUUCGAGCACUCGAGUUGUACGAGUUCUACGGAUGUUCCGGGUACGACAUCGACGGAAUCCAGAUGGCGAUCCUCGAACAGUUGCGGGACGGCACUGGCGACCCACGUUUUGCGCUUGAUGAUGCGAGAUUCGCCCUCAAGCUACGCGCACUCGCGUUGUACCACGACAUGAGCUGGCUCCUCUCCGUGAUUGACCAGGAAUCUCCUGCACAGGUACGUGCCUUCUACGGAGGCGAUGACGAUCUACAACCGCGCAAGUGGCGCAAGGUUUCGAAGAGUUCAGCGGUUGAGAUGAAGCCGCCUUUCACAAGCUAG